CCACUCGCAAGCACACUAGCCAGCAGCUCAGCAGCAGCACACGAAGAUGGGAAGCGCCGGAGCCACCCUCGUCCGCUUCCUGCUGUUGGCCUCGAUCGUCGCCGGGUUCGCGGCGCAUCUCGCCGCGGGGGAGAAGGACUGCUACGACGAGAGGGACAUGAUCAUGAGCAUCUGCAUCGAGAGCAUCAAGAAGCAGGGCUUCUACACGCCCCCGACCCCGGACUGCCGCCGCGAGGUGAAGAAGGUUGACGUGCCCUGCAUCUGCCGGGUCCUCACCGCCUCCGACGAGCGUACCGUCAGCCCCGUGAAGCUCGUCAUCCUCGCCCACGAAUGCCACAUCGAACUCCCCGUCGGGAGCAAAUGCGGAACUUACACCAUCGGGGGGCGGGUGCCACCACCAUCCGCGCAUGCGUGAGGAGUUUCGGUCAUGGGGAUCGCGCGAGAGGAAGGCCGGUGAAGGAGAUGGAGGGUUCAUGGCAGAAUAAUAACUAUAAAUAAAGUCCGCGCGUGCGUGCAUGCCGAGCUAGUGAGCUAUGGUCAUCGUCAUAAAAUGUAAUCUGCCAUGGCAUGUUACCGUGAGAUCCCAAUAAUAAUAAUAGUAAGAAUAAACGGAACGACUAAAAA